AUGGCGUUUAAACCCAGUUUCGACAAUGCCCUGUCGUUCGUUGAUAUUGUGAAGCAACGGUUUCACGAUCAAGAAAGCAUUUAUCGAGAGUUCCGUUAUCUUUGUGAAGGGUUCAGCAGAGAAUUUACAGACCCAGAAAGUGUAAUUUCACAGGUGAAGAACCUGUUCAGCGAUCACCCGGAUUUGAUUUCACACUUCCUCAAUUUUGUGCCAAAUAUUUUACAGAGGGACAAAGAAGCUGCUGCUGCUGCUUGUGCUCCAACAACGUCAAGAAAUUCAUCUGAUGAGGAUGGAAGGGAAAAAACAAAAUCCUGUAUUGAAUUUGUGAAUUGGGUUGCGGGAACUUUGCAGGAUGAUUACAAGUAUAAAUUGUUUCUUGAUGCUGUUAAUGGUUUGGGGAAAUACAAGGACAUUGAUCGAGUUCGUGAGGAGGUUUCUGUUAUAUUCAAGGAUUACCCGGACUUGGAUAUUGAGUUUUCGAGGUUUUUACUGGAUGCUGUACUGCAGGAGAUAACUGAAUGUAAACAAGUCCUGUUCGAUUGUGAGGAUGAAAUGUAUGAAUUUGACAUGAAGUAUCAUUCUUUGAAAUCAAAAAUGGAGGCCGUGGAUCAAGUGGCAGAGGAACUGAAAAGAAAUCAGAACGAAUCGAUCUACAUUGAAGAUUAUGUAGCCACCAUAAAGUCGCGUCUGAAUAAUAAGUACACGAAGCUUAAAAAGGAUCGCGAAAUGUCUAAAAUAAAGUGCGCAAGAAUAAUGAAAGAAACCCAUGAAAAGAUAAACAGUCAUAUGGCUUCUGUCAAGAAAGCAAGUGCAAGUGCAAGUGCAAGUGCAAAGAGGUCGACCCCAGAAUCAACACCUCAGGCCGAAGACAACAAGGAGAACACUUUCUCGGAGAAUGAGGUGAAUCCAAGAUCUGAACCCGAGCAAGUUCAGCGGGUUAAAAGAGUCAGAGUAAAAUAUUCUAAGGGAUGA